GAAGUUGCCUGUCUGCGAACGUCAAUAUGGUUCGGCACGUGGAGACUUUGGAAGAGUUCCAAAAUGUAUUGCAAGAAGCCAAGGAAAAACUUGUAGUCGUUGAUUUCACAGCAACAUGGUGUGGUCCAUGCAAAAUGAUUGCCCCUGUCUUUGAGAAACUGAGUGUAGAAAAUCCAGAUGUUGUUUUCCUGAAAGUGGAUGUUGAUGAUGCACAAGAUGUUGCUGCCCACUGUGAGGUCAAAUGCAUGCCAACCUUUCAUUUCUAUAAAAAUGGACUAAAGGUAUUUGAAUUCAGCGGAGCCAACGAAUCUAGUCUUGUUCAGAAAGUGGCAGAGCUGAAAUAAAAAAGAUAUUCAACUACUGUAUAUCAAUUGCUAAACUUAUUGAAGUUAAGUUUCCAUUUAAUUUUAUGUGUAUAAUAUCCUUACUGAAUCGUCAACAGAUCAGUAACUCUAAUCGCUUCGAUGUCUGAAACAAAAAUCAUCAUGCUAUAUAAGAACAACUAAUGAAAGAUUUUAUUAAAAGGAUUUUUUUCUCU